AUGGAUCAUCCCAAUGUACUGAAAUUGUACGGCGCUUCACAUUGUAGUCGUCCUGCUCUUCUUGUAUGCGAAGAUGCAGCCAAUGGGCCUUUGGUAAACUAUUUGGCUCGGGAAUCAAAGAGCAAUACCUUCGACCAGAGUGUGAUGUGGGGAAUGUUCUUACAAGCAGCAACGGGGUUGAAAUUUCUCCAUGAACACAAAAUUGUACACGGCAAUCUCAAGAGUGACAACAUUCUGGUUACUGCGGAUGGUACCGUGAAGUUAGCGGACUUUGGCCUCGGUGUGCUAGCGCUACAGAAUCAAGCCAUACUGGACAACACAUUUGAAGAACUUGGCUGGCGUGCACCCGAUUGCCAGAAGAAGAAUGCUCUUCGCCGUCCAUCUGUCCAGGACGAUAUCUACUCCCUUGGGUUAUGCUUGAUAGACGUCCUUGUGCCAGAAGUAUCGUCGAUUGCCGAUGACAGCAGUACGAACGCAUCGAAACGUGUGGGAGAGGAAGGUUUCGAUCCUUUGUCGUCGAAAGUUACGAGUUUGAUUCGCGACGACAAAGCGAGAGAAUUGGUGGCGGGAAUGUGUCAAGUUGAGCCGAAGAAUCGAUUGCUACUGAGGGAGGUAAUAGCGUGGAUGGAAUCGUUACGCGAUAAUACACGGAAGGGAUGUGGGAAGGUUAUUAGUUUCCCUGGUGUAGAUCGCAUUAUUGGUUGAGGCAAUCGAUUGGAAGGUUGCUGGAGAAAAUAAAGGCUAGUGGUAGAUAAUUGUUUUGGGUUUGCAGCAUAUACAGCAUACAAGAUUAAUUAUCUUUACCGUG